AUGAGCAGCAUCUCUUCUUUCCAACCCGACAACUCUGACGACUCUGAUUUCUCCCUCGAGCCCAAUCGUGGGCGGCAGCAGCGGCGCUCUAACUCUCGAUUUGAAUCCUACAGCCUCAAAUUUCCAGUUUCCCAAGAUCAUAGUCCAUCACAGGAUCAUGCAAAUUAUAAAACGGAGCGGGGAGGGGGGAACGAAGAUGAACCAAGUUCGCAAAACCGAUGGGAACAACGCGAUGCGCUUCUCGCGGAUUUGAACGAAAGCUCCUUGGCUCAAUACACCACGCUUUUCGAACAAGUCGAGAGCGAGAUAUUAUCCGCCAAGUUCACAGAGACUAACGAAACGUAUACGGAUGCCCAGAAUGGUUCAAUCGCCUGGACAUCAACCGAAAAAGCACUACUCUUCAAACUCCUAGACAGGAACGGCAAGAAUGGAAUCAAGCAGAUUGCCGCCAUUCUGGGAAGCAAGUCAGAAUUGGAAGUGCUGGAUUAUCUCAAAUUGCUCCAGCGUGGCUUAGAAGGCCAGCAUCUCUUGGAUAGACAACUCAAAACAAUAGUCAUGGGUGAUAUUCCCGCUGCUAUGGAAGUCAGCAAGGAAUGUUGCGCCGAGCUAGAUAAAUAUGCACGAGUACUGGCAAUGAGAGAGGACCUCGACCUGGAGUUGGCGUGUCGAACAACCUACGAUGAAAACGCGAUUAUUGCCGAUGCCCAGGCCAGGAAACUUGUUGCAGAAGAAGUGAAUCCUCCCCUACGAGGGAGAAUCGAUCUCGCUGCGAAUUUAUUGCAUGUACCAGGCUGGACACAGCUCUCUGAGACGUUUUUCAUGAAUUUUGGCGGCUCAAGAUCCGAGGAUUGCUGGAGUAACGUCGUUCAAUCAAGAUCAGAGUCCCCCGCUUUGUACGGUGAAGCUCUCAUGGACUUCUAUGCUCUGACAAUGAGCGUAACUCGCCGAUUGAUUCAAUCCGCUAUUUUCUUUGCCAUGUCACGUCUCAAUGGUCUACAUGCAAUGGGUAGAGAAAGAAGAAGACUUAUUCGAAAGAGAGAUGUGCGAGCUGCCCUUGACGUGUUAAAUAUGAAACCUGACCGAGCUGGCUUCUUUGUCGAUGUUGCGCGUCGAAAUCGUCUGGUCAUCACAGAUACCGUGGAUGGCGAGGAACAGGUUGUUAGCUACGAUGAGGCUGAGGAAAUUCUCCAGGAGGAUGAAGACUCCAGCUCUGACUCCGAUCAAGAUGAUAUCGCAAGUGGAUUGGAAGAAAAUGACAGCGAGACUAAAUCGGAUGCUGUGAAUUCAGAGCACGCUCCACUUCCGUCCUCUCCACCUACAUUCCCCACGGCCACGUGGGACAAGAUACCCCUGGACCUCGAAGAAGAGCAUGCAAACCUCCUUGACCGAGAAAUGAGUCGCCGCGAAGAAAUCAACCUAUGGUGUCUAUUGGAGGAGCCCGUGCCAUCUCAUCUUCAGCAUUCUCUCAUUCCAGAAAACGAAACAGAAACAGAUACGCUUGCGCGAAGGCCUCCAAGUGAACGCAAGUCAAGGGAGGAUCUGGUUGACUGGCGUGACCGAGUUCUCUACCGAAGUGAAUGGGAAGAGUACGGGGAUGGUAUUCAGGAUCUCGAAGACGAGCUGGCUGAGAACCGACGGAAAAGGCGAUGGGAUAUGUAUGAGGAAGAUUUACUGGAAGAGGAAUCUGAAGAGAAAACAAAAAGACCAAGAAGAAUAAGAAAUCGAAGAAAAAGAAGACCUCGGGUCCUUUAUCUGUCGAAGUCAUCCAGAUUGAUGAUUCAUCUGACGAUCCUGGAGACGCAGCGGAGGAAAAUGAAGGUCCAAAUGAAAUGA